CUUUAGGAUUCGGUUUCCGAUCCGGUUGAUGUUCCGACAUCCCGAAUCGAGGUGGCUCUAAACUCAGGGUUGCCUACCUCUCUAGUUACAGAGAGAGGAGAGGGGCUUCGAAGCCUUAAUUCAAGCUAGAAAUCUCGCUAGAAAACUCGCCAUAUCGAUCUAGGUAAGUGGUGACAACGAAAAGGCUUUUAAGCCUGAGGGGCGGUGAGCGAGGUAGGAUAAAAUGGUAUUUGAACCAGGGCGGGCUGAGGAGGCCCUAUGUAGUCUGUCUUUUCAUGGGUGGUGGGCAGAGAAAAAAGCCAUUCAUUAACCCUUUUGGAACUGGAGACGAAGAGUCGUUUAAAGACCUUUUCAAAAACCACUUUGUAGAGGGCGGGUAUCACGCUCAAUAGAACCAGACUUUGCUAUGUCAAUAGUCAAUAGGAGAGAGAAAGAAAGAGAACAGCAAGAGGAGGCCUUUUUCUUUAUAUUUCACUAUUUCGGAAAUCGAAUCAUCAUGCACUUUAGGCCCUUCUGAAAGCCAUGAGGCGGGGUCACACGAGUAGCGAAAGACUGAGCUUGCUCAUGUUCUCAUGCUUCACACAAACCCAGGCUAGGAAGCUUGAAAGCCAUAUCAUAUCAUAUGGAUUUCGAAAGUCCGAUCAAAAAACUCGAAAAAAGGACUGGGAAGGCUUGAAUGGAUGGCUUCCAAGGCCAGGGCUCGAUCCUGCACAAUUCAGACCAGCUAGUAUCUCUUUAAUUUACUUAAUGCACUCACAAGCGUUCGCAUCGCUACCCUAGCUUCGUGUUAAGGGCACAACUUAAAGAACAACUUACUCUAUUGACGUAAUAUUCAUUCAUAGUGGCCAGGCGGACCGUUCUGAAGACUACGGGCCCUAAGAAAGCCAGAAAGAAAAAAACCAAUAUAGGAACUACAACUAAGAAAGAAUAAGAAUAAGAAGAAUUGCUUAAGUAAGGUAGUCGCCAUAAGGCUUUUCUUUUUUUCGGUAUGCCGCUCCGCGAGCAAGGAGUGCCACGCACGAGCGGAGCAAAAAGAAAGCAAGGGGAAUUCUUCUCUUUUUUGGAGAGAAAUCCUUUGAUUGUGUAUUGAAUAUAGAUCCAUGUCUUUCUUGUUCCACUAGCUAAGACCAAAUUCUCACAUGUCCCUUUCGUUAUUACAACCUUCUUUUUUGAUGUCAAAGACCAGAAGCUACGCGCAAAUUCUCAUUGGAUCUCGGUUGUUCUUAACAGCGAUGGCUAUUCAUUUAAGUCUUCGGGUAGCACCACUAGAUCUUCAACAAGGUGGAAAUUCUCGUAUUCCGUAUGUACAUGUUCCUGCGGCUCGGAUGAGUAUUCUUGUUUAUAUCGUUACGGCUAUAAACACUUUUUUGUUCCUAUUAACAAAACAUCCCCUUUUUCUUCGCUCUUCCGGAACCGGUACAGAAAUAGGUGCUUUUUCUACGUUGUUUACCUUAGUUACUGGGGGGUUUCGGGGAAAACCUAUGUGGGGCACCUUUUGGGUGUGGGAUGCUCGUUUAACCUCUGUAUUCAUCUUGUUCCUUAUUUACCUGGGUGCACUGCGUUUUCAAAAGCUUUCUGUCGAACCGGCUCCUAUUUCAAUCCGUGCUGGACCGAUCGAUAUACCAAUAAUCAAGUCUUCAGUCAACUGGUGGAAUACAUUGCAUCAACCUGGGAGCAUUAGCCGAUCUGGUAUAUCAAUAUAUGUUCCUAUGCCCAUUCCAAUCUUUUCUAACUCCCCCUUCUCAACCCGUAUCUUGUUCGUUCUGGAAACACGUCUUCCUAUUCAAUCUUUUCUCGAAUAUCCUUUAACAAAAGAAAUAGAAGUUCGAGAAGGAAUACCAAAACCUAUUUCACUCGCUGAGUCUUUUUGCAUCCAUGGCUGA